AUGGCGGACUGCGACCCCGUCAGCCUCACGCGGGUGAAGCCGGCAGUCAGGUGCGCGGCGCGGCCGGCGCCGGCCAGCGUCGUCGACGAUCAACUGCAGCAAGAGAGAGCACGAGGUAGAAGAGGAAGCAACAGCCAUGUCUAUACGUUCCGCCUCCGUCCGAGAGUCGCGGAGACGACGGAGACCGCGAUGCCAAAGCGUUUCCGCGCGCGCGCAUAUAUGCGCGUCGAAGGGCCCCCAUGCCGCGCCCUCAGCGGCGGCCGCCCCGUCCCCUCUGAGGGGCCUGCGCAGGGGAGGCAAGAAGCGGCAGUGGUUCAGCCCUCGUCGUCCGUGCCGGCGCUGCUGAGGCUGGCCAAGUCCGUCGCCGCCGAGCGGAGGGAGGUGCUGGAGUCCGGUGACACGGCGGUGCUGCUGCGGCACGCGGCGGAGGCCUGGGCGCUCCUGCUCCUCACCCUGGACGGCAACGACGUGCGCGUCGGUCUCGUGGCGGAUGGCGCCAUCGACACGCUCGCGGCCACUGCGCUCACCAGCCUUGACAGCAUUGACGUUAACAAAUGCAGCAUCGGGGCGCACCCCUCGGCCAUCUCGGAGUUGGUGGGGCUCGUCCGCCGCGGCGGCCCGCGAGAGCGCCGCGAGGCGGCCACGGCCCUCUACGAGCUGGCGGAGAACCGCCGCCACGCUGUGCGCGAGGGCGCGGCGCCCGCGCUCGCCGACUUCGCCGCCGUCGGCUCCGCCCGCACCGUCGAGGUGCUCGGCCUCCUCGCCAAGUGCCGCGAGGGGCGCCAGCAACUGUGCAAGAUCCCCAGCAAUCGAGCAGAUCUUGUUGCCGGCCUCCAAGCUAAAAAUUCAAAUUGCAAGCGAGGUUUCAUGUGA